CACGUUCUGUUGGUGAUGCUCUAAGAGAAUUAGAUUCGAAACAAUUGAUCAAUUCAGAUUUUAUUCUUAUAAGUGGUGAUGUUGUUUCAAACAUUCAUUUAAAACAGGUUUUGGAUGCACAUAGAGCUCGAAAAAAUACUGACAAAAAUGCAAUAAUGACAAUGGUUGUAAAAGAAGCUAGUCCUUUUCAUAGAACUAGAGCUUUAGGAGAAUCAUCAAUUUUCGUUCUUGAUGGGAAAACCCAAGAAUGUGUUCAUUAUGAGUCGGUGGAAUUAUACCCACGCAAAAGGCGUAUGGUUAUGGACAUGCAAGUAUUUGAAAAGCAUUCCGAUGUACAAAUACGGAAUGAUUUAAUCGAUUGUCAAAUAGAUAUAUGUUCCGUCGAGGUCCCGGCAUUAUUCACUGAAAAUUUUGAUUAUCAAGAUAUCCGAAAGGAUUUUGUUUAUGGUAUUUUGACAUCAGACCUUUUGGGUAAGACAAUAUAUUGUCAUAUGGUGAAAGACGCGUAUGCCGCAAGGGUUCGUAGUUUACAAACCUAUGAUGCGAUUAG